UGUAACUAUCUUUAAAUAUUUUAACUAUACUUUCUUAAACAAACAAAGUGUUAAAAUAUGCAUAUUAUCUAGCCUAAAAAUACCACCGUGCUAAAGUUUGACACACCUCUUUUUUUAAUCAGGAAAUUGCUGAACUCGUGCUUUAUGAUAUUUGAGUAAAAGCUGACAUCUUCCUGCUUCAGAUGAAGCCAAACAAAAAGGUGAACUGGACCAGGAAAAAAAUCAGAACCCCAAAAUGAGUUACUCUACACCACCUUCUACAACUACAGAAAAUGAUUAUUCUUAUUAUUACGACUCAACAGAAAACUAUUCCCCUUGCAACGCCAAAAACGUCAGGGAAUUUGGCACUCAGUUUCUUCCCACGCUUUACAGCAUCGUCUUCAUUGCUGGAUUGAUUGGAAACGGGCUGGUGGUCUGUGUCUUGAUCCAAUUCAAGAAGCUGAGAACAAUGACCGAUGUUUACCUCCUGAAUUUGGCCAUGUCCGACUUACUGUUUGUCUUUUCUCUGCCUUUCUGGUCUCACUAUGCUGCCAGCAACAACUGGGUUUUUGAAAAAUUCAUGUGCAAAACAAUCAUGGGGUUUUAUCUGAUUGGCUUCUACAGUGGCAUCUUCUUCAUCAUGAUUAUGAGCAUAGAUCGCUAUAUGGCAAUAGUUCUUGCCACUUCUACCAUGAGGUUCAGGUCUGUCUCUCACGGAGCUUCUGUGAGUCUGGCAAUAUGGUUGGUCAGUUUCUGUGCCUCCGUUCCUACAAUUGUAUUCACCCAAGUGCAAAAUGAAUCAACUGGAAUAACCUGUAAAACUGAAUUUCCUGAAGAACACAAGACCUUUUGGCAUCUUAUAAUGAACUUUGAAAUAAAUAUUUUGGGUCUACUUGUUCCUCUACCUGUUAUGAUCUUUUGUUAUUCAGGCAUCCUUCAGAUUUUAAAAAGGUGCAGGAAUUUCAAAAAGGUGAAAGCUGUCAAACUAAUUUUUAUUGUUGUUGUUGUGUUUUUCCUUUUCUGGAUGCCAUACAACAUUGUUAUUUUUUUACGUUCUCUGGAAAUCUUGCGGUUACUUCCAAAAGACUACUGUGAUACCAGAAAUCAUCUGGAUGUUGCCAUACAAGUAACAGAAACUUUAGCAUUUGUCCACUGCUGUUUGAAUCCCGUCAUUUAUGCUUUUGCUGGGCAAGAGUUUAAAAAGUGCGUCAGAAGAUUACUUCAGAAAUGGACAUCAUAUUGUUUUAUCUGUAAAAACUGUAAGAUGUUAACCAUAGAGAUCUCAGAAUCAGGAACCUCAGUCUAUUCUCGGUCUAGUACUGACCUUCGUACAACAAGGGUUCUGUAGCUGUAACCCCAAGCAAUUGUCAACUGUUUGGAUCUUGCAGUCAGUAAAUUUUGGAAAAUGUUUGCUUAUAAAUAAUAAAUAGUACAUUUACAUGUUUUAAUAAUUAAAUAAGGGGCUGACCAUAGUAUUAAGGAAGCACAGAAAAUUGAAUGAACAGAAAGUCAAACAGUCAAGUACAGUAUUUAUAAUUAUAAAUGCAUCUAAACGGAUUCAUGUUCAAGAUAGAUAAUUUCAGAUACCUUAUUAUAGAAGGACAAGGAAAUCUUUAAAUGUUUUAACAGUCAAACUUACAGUCCCCCACAAACAAGGAGAUAGUAUUAGAAAACAAGGGCUAAUGGAUUAAUUCAUGCAAAAGCAAUCAUCUUGUGAGAGUCUGGAAUAAGCUAUCCCACCAUGUCAUCAAAAGCCGGUACUCUUUUUUCAAGAAGUGGAUGGAUCAACUAACUCCAAUUAGCAACCAAAAAAGGACCUCUUAUCUUCUGACAUUUUUGCUCUUACCAGGACAUUGUAGAGGGUUUAUGAAAACAUAGUAACUGACAGGAAUUAGAAAUUAAAUAGUGGAUUGUACAAAACAAAAAAAAAAUUGUAAACUUGUUUCAUAGUGAGCAUGGUCAGGCUAGAAACCCAUGUAAUAUCCUUUAUUUUUAAUACUUUCUUUAUAAUUUAUUUUGUUUAAGCUUUGCUUUGGAACUGGCCUGUAUAUAUUUGUUUUACUGUUACCAAGUGUUAAAAUGCAGAGAAAUAUAAUUUCUUUGUCAUGAAGACAUUCACACUUUUCUCCCAACAUCCAUUUUAGAGGUCAUUGUAAUCGCUGUUAUUAUGACUUAUAAUAACAAUAAUUUCAGUGAUAUAAAUUAUAUACAUAUUUUUUUUGGUGGCUAAAAAAGACAAAUAUAUUGAGUCAUUAAGAUGUUUACUUUGGUCUUAUGCUUAUUAAAAAGCAAACACAAAGCAGAUGCAUCACAGCCUCUGAAAUUGUGGUCAUGAGAUACAGAACUUCAAAAACAUGUAGGCAAAUUACUCAGAUUUUAACUUUCUUAGAAUUUAACAGUACUACUCUUUCAUGCUUUUCUUAUCAUGAUACGCUUAUACAAUUUUACCAGAUUAUAGUGUAAAAAACCACAAGGAAGGAGAUCCACUGUGCUUUUUAAUAAGUGAUCUGUUUAAAAGGAGCAUUUCUCCUUUUAGUUAACAGUGCCAGUUUCAACAAUAAGUUCCACAGUUACAGUACCACAGUCCUGUAAAAUGUACAAUUAAAUAAAUAAUUCUGAGCAUAUACAGCCAUGCCAGCACCCAUCCUAUAUGAGAUUUUAAACACAACAACCCAACUGGAAACAAUUGUAUCACAUUUAUUGUGUUAAGGGACUUGAAGUCCAGCUGUUUAUACAGUAUACAGUAGGCAAUAUACAAUAUGUAAAACUGUAACCUCAAUCAGUAAGAAAAUGUCUGUGUGAACACAUUGUGGACUGGUAAAACUGAAAUCCCGCUGUAAAUGUAAAGAUGUUAUUACAAAAGAAAAGUAAAAAAGUGACUUUGCAAAAUUAUCCCAAACAUAACCAAAUAGAAAUAAAACAUAUACAGAGAGAUAUUAACAUGACUGAAACAAAACCCCAAUUGAAAAGUUGAGUUUCAUAAAAUUUGUUUACAUUUGCUUGGUUAAAAAAAAUAUAUUUACAUUUAAGGAGCUUCUCAUGACCCAGGCAUUCUGUUGUCUUUAAAAGGCUAAUUAUAUACAAAAAUGGUUCAUGUCGGCUUUUUCCACAUAAUAAUCUCACAUAAUAAACUCAUCUCAGCAGAAUAUUCACUUUAAUAAAUUUUCAUCCACCAAAAUCUCAUCUGCACAGACACCAGACCCAUGCAGCUUUUUUAAUGCACAGGUUAUUUCUUACUCAUGAUGGAGAUUAGCACCUGCUUUUCAAAAUAACAAAAUAACACUCUCCAUAUAGAACAUUAAUCAGUGGUUUACAUAUUCACUUUUUUGUAAUUGUUUUAUUCUAAAAAUAUUACACCAACUGUAUAUGUAUAUCUUUGUAAAUAUUUGAUCUAUUAAGCACAUCAUUUAAAGUAACAAGAAACUCAUGAAUAUUAUUGCCAUCAGUGCUAUGCUAUAAACAGCAACAGCUUAAUGGUGUUAACCAUUGUAUGUGGGUUUCUCAAGAACAUAUGGGAUUCUCACAUUUUUCUUAUUUACAGUCACAAGAUAAACUGUGCCUGAAGUUAAACUGAGUGCACACUGAGGUGCACAUUUUAUAGAUCAUUCAUAUCUUGCUUAUUUUACUAAAUAUUUUCAAUCUGAAUGUAUCUUCAAUAAAAUUUGUGUUUUUAA